AAAAAAAUUCCAAAAAUUGUUAAAUAUCUGUUAAAUUUAUUUUCAUCCAUUUUCCACCAUAAAGUACUGGAAGGGGUUGUCAAAAUUGUAGAGGCUCCACUGUAUAAGCAUAGUUAAGAUUAGCUUGAAGUUGGCCACUGACUCAUUGUUGCUGAAAAGGUUAUAAAUUACAAGCUGAAUAAAAAAAUGCAGAAACCUAACAAAAGAACAAAUUAUAAAAAUUUACCAGCUUUAUUGGACGAGCCGUCCCUGAAAAAAAUUAAAAACGCAUCAAAAAAUCAAAACGACGAUUUAAGAAAAACACAGGCCGAAAAUAUACGCGCUGCGAUAGUCAAUAUCAAUCAAAUAGUUUCAGCAUCUCAAGUAAACAACCAGGUUACGAUAAAAAAUAAAAAAUCCUUAAAGAAGACAAAAAUCAAUAAAGACCAAGUAUGUUCUCCAUUCCAAAACAAAAAGCCAUCUAAAACAAAUAAAAAAAAAUCACCAAAGAAGACGCAAACAAAAACAGAUACGAAAGAAAAUUCUCUAGUAUUACGAACGGAAAAUGAUCAUAGCGACAAUGAAUUUAUGACAGAAAAGAUAAUAUCUAAAGUAAAUAAAACGAAUGGUGAUAAUGAUAAUAAUAAUAACAUAAAAACAAUGGCAAAAGAAGCAUUAGAAGCUAUUGAAAAGGUUAUUGUUUUCAGCAGUAAAAUUAUUACGACUCCUAAAGAACGUUCCGUUUUAGAUUUAAUCAAAACUCGUAUAAGAGAUAUUGGAGAAGCAAAUGAAAAAAAUUGAUAAUAUACAAUAUAUAAUUAUUUAUAAAAUAUAAAUUAUAUGAAAGUACUU